AUGGCACCGCCAUUGGAUAUGACGCUGCGCUUCAGCAGAUCGCAGAACGAGAUGAAGUCAUUACAGGCCGUUGGGAUACUGGAUUAUCUGGAACAGGACUCGCGACCAACAUUCAUCAUAGACACAGAAAGUGCAGUUUACAACCUUCAGGGCAUGGUGAUUCCGUCUUAUACCAAUCCAGCCAUGGCGAAUAUUGACUCUGGAAGCCUGCUGAAUGCGCCCGUCAGACCUAGCGCGCUGGAUGCCCAGGAAGAAAUUGAUAUGGACUUUUCACAAUUCCGCAAAUGGGUUUUCAAUACCAAAUCAUCAACUCAACCUUUCACCUACCGUGACUUCAACUGGCUGAUAUUUUGUGUGGCAAAUCGAUGGAGCGUCAUAAGCGGAACCCCUUUGAAUUCGGCGCGUCUGGACAACAGCAUAAAUAUUGAAAGACGCGUAUUGGAGAGGACAACCUCAAGAUCAAAAAUCCCCACAUUUGACUGGACCGAUGAACUUCCUCCUCUACGUUUAUCAGCACAUGCAUCAUGGGCUCGCAGCAUAGAUUGGGCUGCGACAUCAUUGGGACCCAUGUCUUCAUGGUCGGCCCAGCUCCGCAGCAUUGCCAAUCUCGUUAUGCAGGAUCCCCGACCUGCAGUUGUAUUCUACGGGCCAGACCUAAUUAUGAUUUACAACGAGGCAGAAAUAGAACUUCUUGGUGGUUUUCAUCCAUGCAUGGGCAAGAGCGCUCGUGUAGCUCUCGCUCCAGUUUGGCCUGAGUAUUUCGAGCCAAUCAUCCAAAAGAAUCUGGAAGGCGAAACAGUUGAACAGACGAACACAGCCAUUCACAUGGUGAGGUCGGGGUUCCUGGAAGAGACUUAUUUCUCGCUCAAAUUCAUUCCGAUAUUGGAUGCAGACGGCGCAACAGUCGGGCAUUAUGAGCCGCUCGUGGAGACAACUCGAAACGUGAUUGCACAAAGAAGAUCUCGUACACUCUUGGAGAUAAGUGAAGAGUUACCACGAGCACGUAACUCCGAAUCGUACUGGCCUCUCGCAGUUGAGGUUUUAUCGCGCAACGACAAGGACAUUCCAUUUGCUUUACUUUACGCUGCGGAGGCAGAAUCAAGCAGUUCUUCAGCAUCGAGCUGGACUCGGUUUUCAGACACUCAGCAACAGUGUAGACUUCGCGGUUCUUUCGGUCUACCUCUAGGCUCACUGGCUGGUCCAGCGCAUCUCGACUUCCGACAGGACUAUGGCUUCUCUCCAUAUUUCAGAGAAGCAAUGGUUGCACGAAAGCCUAUCACAAUCUCACUCCAACCCGGUUCACCAGCCGCCGAGCUUGUGAAGGGAAUACAAUGGCAAGGAUUCGGUGAUCCGUGCCGCGAAGCUGCUAUUUGUCCUUUGAAUCCUACUUCAUCGACAGAUAAUAUACUUGGAUUCAUGGUCAUUGGAUUGAACCCGCGACGACCCUACGAUGAUGACUAUCUUCAAUUUAUACUGGUCACUAGUCGAUUAUUGUCAACAUCCUUGACAUCUAUCUUGCUCCACGAAGAAGACCUUGGAAGACGCGAAAGGACGAUUGCCAAUGCUGAAGCUAUGAAACAAGAACUCAGACAGCAGCUCCUGGAGUCACAGAAUGAACUAGAGCGAAGUUUGACAAAGUUUCAGCGCUUUGCCGAGCGUGCUGACAUUGGGAUUUUUAUACUUGACAUGGAGGGAAUCUAUACAUACCGAAACAAAGCGUGGUAUGAUAUAUGCUCGCCUGGAGAUCGAGACGUUGACCUCGAGGAAGCCUGGAGCCUAAUUGUUGACUCCGAAUACCAUGAAAUGGGCCAGGCCAAGUUUGCAGCGGUUGUUGAGGAGAAAAAGCAUCAGACUUGGACUGUAACUGGCAAGAACUUGGACGACUCCCUGUCGAAUCAACAGCCCAUGUGGGUGAUAUGUUCUAUUUUCCCCGAGCUCAACGAAGAGGGCGCCGUAAUCGAGAUCAUUGGAUGUAUCACGGAUAUAAGGUGUGCAAUCUAUCCAUCGCACUUCGUCUAUGCUCAUACUAUGUUCAGCCAGCAAAAAUGGAGUGAGAAGCUCCAGGAAACACAAGCUCUAGACUCUCAGGAAUCCAAGAGGCAACUGGAAAAUUUCAUCGACACUACCUCUCAUGAGAUGCGUAAUCCAUUAUCUGCAAUUUUGCAAUGUGCCGACAGCAUUAUAGCCUCACAUAGAGAUUGCAAAGAUUCUACUGGUUACCAGCAUAUUUACCGGAAGAUUGUAGAAUCGACUGUGGAAUCUGCAGAGACCAUCGUACAAUGUUCGAAGCACAUGAAGACUAUUGUGGAUGAUGUGCUAACCAUGUCUAAACUGGACUCCGGCCUCUUUGUCAUGACACCCACCGUGGUCCAGCUAGACUCGAUUGCUCGAGAUGCCGUGAGGAUGUUCGAAGGCGAGGCAAAGGCUGCUGAUGUUGACCUAAAGUUCCGCUUGGAGGACUCAUUCAAGUCGGUCAACGUUAACGACGUUUCGCUCGAUCCAACAAGGGUGCUUCAGAUAUUGAUUAACUUGAUCACAAACGCAAUCAAGUUUACCCGACUUGAAGAUAAGCGCAAAAUAAACAUAAGUCUUGGACUAUCUCUCCAAACCCCGCUUUACAAUGCCGACGGACACGUGCAGUUUAUACGUUCCGCUGAAACUGCUGAGGCCCAGGCUCUACAAGCCGAUUGGGAGAAGGGAGAAGUUGCAAGUGAUAUACAUGUCAUCUUCACCGUCCAGGAUACUGGCCGUGGCUUGAGUGCUGCUGAACACGAACUCAUGUUUGCCCGCUUCUCCCAAGCAUCACCACGCACACACAUAGACUAUGGUGGCUCCGGCCUAGGCUUAUUCAUCUCCCGCCGUCUCACAGAGAUGCACGGUGGAGCCAUUGGCUUUGCCUCCACCAAAGGAGUCGGCAGUACCUUCUCCUUCUACAUCAAAGGCCGCAAAAUCCGCCUUCGCUCGCCCACGGGCGAACGCAACACCGCCGUCGACAUGAGCCUACGCACCCAAUCCACCAUCCUCGACAACAGCCGCACCCGCAACGCAAAGGACGAACCCAGCCACCCCCAAACCCCAACAGCCCACACCACCACCACGCCUCAAGUCCCCGCCCAAGCUCUCCACAUCCUCGUCGUCGAAGACAACCUCGUCAACCAGCGCGUCCUCGCAAAACAGCUGCGCAACCUCGGCAUGCACGUCACCGUCGCCAACCACGGCGCCGAAGCCCUCGCUCACCUCCGGACCACGCGGUACUGCGCCGACGAUACGUCUGCCGCCAAUCUCUCCCUCAUCCUCAUGGACUGGGAAAUGCCCGUCAUGGAUGGUCUCACAUGUGUCCGUCAUAUUCGCCAGUUGGAAAUCGAGGGCGUUGUACGCGGCCAUGUGCCUGUUAUUGCCGUUACGGCGAAUGUGCGGUCUGAACAGGUCGAAGUCGCGCUCAAGGCCGGCAUGGACAAUUUAAUCUCCAAGCCGUUUAGGAUACCGGAGCUUUGUGCGUGCAUGCAGAAGACGUUGGAGGGGAUUGGGGGGUAG